AUGGAGACCUCUAAUGGAGCUAAAGAAGAGCAAGCAAUCUUCUAUCCCGUUAAUGUGGAUGGUGUUGCGAGAUCCAUAGCUGUGGAGUAUGAAUGGAAGCCGGUGGAAUGCCUCAAAUGUGGGGUAUUUGGCCACAAUUGUGAUGCGCCCUCCAAGCCCUCUCGGCCUCUCACGACCAAGAUGGGCAAAUCCCCUGCUCCUGCCCUCGCGGCCCCCGUUUUGGAUGUUGCUCUGGUCCCGGAGGCUCCUGCGACUUCGGAACAAGGCUGGGUGCAGGCAGAUAUGGCGGAGAAUAGGCCUGCCCUGGCUCCGGAUCCACCUCCAUCGACAUUGCAGGACAAGAUGCUAGACUUGGUGCCGGAAUCUCCCCCUCCCGUGCCCAAGCCAUCCCCACUUUCUACUAGAAGUAAAACCUACAAAAGGAGGGGGCUUAUGGCUCCUCUCAAGCAAGCGGAAGUGAGGAACCUUGUCUUGGCGAAUCGGUUAUCUUUGAUCGGGAUUGUUGAGACUAAAGUGCCGCACGACCUUUUUAAUGUCAUCUCUGGUAAGCUGCUGAACAACUGGUGUUGGAAAGCUAAUUUGGACUAUGCUGAGAGGGGUAGGAUCUGGGUUGGUUGGGAUCCUUCUGCAGUUUCGUUUGAGGCCAUAUCCGUCUCGGAUCAGGUCUUUCAUGGGGAGCUUCGUUGGUUGGAUUUUGGCAUGACCUGUAUGAUAUCUAUUGUCUAUGCUGAGCACUCGUUCACUGCACGUAGACCAUUAUGGGAGGAUCUUGUUGUGAGAAGCCCUUCCCUGCAAGAUGUGCCUUGGCUUGUAAUGGGCGAUUUCAAUGCGAUCAAGGACCCCUCGGAUAGAUUGGGUGGCUCAGAUGGGUGGCUACCGAGUUUUGAUGAGUUUGGGCAUUGCCUCGACCAGGCGGAGCUAGAUGACCUAAGAUAUGUUGGGUUUCGGUACACUUGGUCUACCUCUUCAGGCUCUCUGCGCAAGAUGAGGAAGAUUGACAAGGUCCUGGUCAACGCUUGCUAG